AUGUCCGGCCCUCUCACAGUCGCGUCCUCGUCUUCAGCGGAUUUACGAAAUAGUCUACCUCCUUGGGCUUUGGAUGCUCUCGACACACCGAGUUCCGAAUCUGAAUACGAAAGCUCAGAUAUAUUGGAAGACGACAGUGAUCCUGAAUUCGCGGACGAGGACGAAGGAGGUACAAGCGAAGAUGAAGAAACCCCGGAUGAUACGGAUGCGGAAUAUGGCGACACUUCCGAGGGCGAGGAACGAUGUUCAGACGUUGAAAGCACCACCCCUUCCGAGCCAGACUACCACUGUCUCGUAGAGGAGCAGCCACUAGAAGCCUUGACAUUGUUCCGCACUCUGUUCGAUGAAAGAACGCCUGGUGCCAGGAGUCGAAACCUUCGAAACCUCCUGGUGGCAGUUAAGCGCGCGACUUACCCCGCUAUCCGCCUCGUGAAAGACCUUCGAGGGAGUGGUGAGGGACUUACAGAGCCCGGAGUCCUGAACGAACCAUUCUAUGUACAACUUUGUGCACUGUGCGGGCAUAUCAUUCACCGCUCCCGGCUGUUUGAUGAACACCCGAAAUUCGUGACGGAGUUCCUUGGUCUUUGUCGAUAUCUAUGCGAGAUUGCCUGGCGCGAAUACCAGCUACUGCCUCCCCAGACAGCUUUACCUCCUGAAGUGGUUCUUCAACGGUUGGAUUUUAUACCACCACUGCUCGUUGAAGCUGAUGCACACUGCGAUGCCUUCAAACCGACUAGCUGGAUGGAGGAAUAUUUACCUGGUAGCUCAAUGAAGCUCAAGGAAGAAAUGCAUACCCUGCUCAUCGCAAUCGGUGUAUUAGAGCAUCAAGAACUGCGCUUCAGCAAGGCCUCAGACGUUCAUUUUCGCAGUCUCUGCAUGCACUUCUACUUCCUCACGGACAUGAAGGCGGUGGACCUCUCUGACGAGGAUAUGCUGGCGUGUAGCCUCUGGUCCUUUACCCCACGCGACGAUGAAGAGGAUGACCCCUCUGGGCCAGAUCUGAUGGAACAGCUGGAGAACUGGGUCCGGGACCAAUGCUCCCAGUACGGCGCUAAGACGUUUCUCGAGCGUCUCUGUGGCACUCUUCGCAAUCCCGAAGUGGUCGACCACAGGCUCAAUAUGAUUGGACCCGUGAUCGGGAUUGGUCUCCGCCAGCCUGUGUUCAGGCCUCUCUUUCCGCAGACGAAAGUACUUUCUGCAAUCCGGUGUGCCGUAGAUCGACAAAUGUCUCGCAAGGACUACGUCGAUGUCAUGGAUUUACUGAACCAAGUCUGCUUAUUCAUUGACGACUAUGCUGGCACACCAAACGACGCGGAACAUCUUCCCGAAAGGGCCGAGCUGCUCGUAAGACACCUAGACGCAUUUGAAAUCAUCUGCCAAGCUAUCGUGAACUCAGUGAACUGCGAAGGGGACACGGCCAUGAUCUGCACGAAAUGUCUGCUCUCGUUCGGUUGCAUGAUCACAGCCAUGAACGGCAUGGCCCACGCGAGCAAGGGGUUGCGAAAGUACGUCAGGAAAUCGGUCAAACGCCAUUGGUAUAAGACGAUAGUCGAUCUCCGCGGGGCGGUCAAAGCGAGAAACUCUCAUGACGAGACGGACAUCGACAAGCAGGUUGAGAUCAUAGCAGGGUGGACCGCGUUCGCCGAAGAGUACGGGCUUGAUUACGAUCAUGAAGAGAUGCAAUACCUAUUUGAGUUGAGGCGCACGGCGCGCUUCUGUGCGUUCGCGGGUUGCGAGUAUCAUGCAAAGUUACCACCACACCCUACUCGCGCGUGCGCUGGAUGUGCCGAGACGAGAUAUUGCAGCAGGGCUUGCCAAUUGAAGGACUGGAAGGAUGGCGGGCACAAAGCGCGAUGUAAGCGGUUGAAGCAGACUGCACACGCUUCUCGCCCGCGUUGA